AUGAUCAACGAAUAUGCCUGUCGUAAAGUGGCAUUGAGAGAUACCAAAUCCUGCCUAGUUUGUCAUAAACCAUCGACAACGGUUCUAUAUAAUAAAUCUGGCCCGGACUGGUUUUAUACAUGUGACAUUCAUCUUCAAGAUAAUCCGCAGUUUGCUACCCCUGUCUAUGAUAAAGAGUAUGAAAAUGUGUUGACAAAGAUGAAGAGCCUAAAAAAUGAACUAAAUAGCAAUGCAGGAGCAAGCGGUUCCUCUUGGGACAGUUGGGUUUCGAAAGUCUUUAUAAAGAUGGAUAAGGAUGCUGAUAAACCAAAGGAUACUGACCCUGCUAAUACUCCCGAACCAGCAGUUAGGACACAAGCACAAAUACAAGAAGAAUACAAUGCAACUUUGGAUACGCUCACAACUCUACGGAAGAAGAAUAAGAUGUAUCAAUUGAGCCCGCAGAUGUUUGAGAGUCGAGUUCAGCUCAAGAAAAGAGAGGAGAUGUUAAAGGAACAGCGAAGAAAACAGGAGGAGGCGUACACAAAUACGGAUCCUGAUGAGCUGUUAACCAAGUUUUCGUUUCCCCAGGUCCCCAACACGUCAACUAAUGAGGAUAAUGGUAACAAUGUGAACCCUGGGAGUAUAUAA